CCGCUCGCUCCCGACUCAGUACCACGCAGCCUCUCGAAGCGGGAACUCGACCUUAGCUAGCGGCCAUUGUAGCAUGUACCCAGUAUAGACGUCCGUAGUGGAGUGCAGUGUUCAGUGCGUGUGUAAACCCGAUUUAAAUGUGCUGUUUUGUGUUAAAAAUGUGAGCGGCGUGAUGCGUCAACGCCUGUGAUGUCCGGUCUAAUAUGCGGUGGCGCGGUCUCUACUUUGUGUGUCUAGCAUUAUGCUGCAUACGUACUGCGUCAGAACCGUCGCUGGUGCCGGAAGAUUAUCACACGAACGGCGACCGAACUCGACGGAGCGAUGAAAAGGACGGGCUCGCCCUGUCCAGGGAAAUAUUUAAGAAUAUUACCAAGAAGCUGCGGGAAAAUAUCAAGCUAGAGGCGACUGACGGGAGCGAUCAUUUGUUACAGAAUAAGGUCGAGGAUUCCCGUCACUAUGCGCCAUAUCAAGAAUAUCACCACUACGAGCGGCACUGGGGCCCAUAUUUCGAGGAGCGGAACAUCACUAAAGCCUCCGCGCAUGUUGGUUCAGAGGCUCUAUUGAAUUGCCGAGUUGUUAUGCUCAAAGACAAAACCGUCAUGUGGCUAAGGAACACAACGGACACGGCCCAGCUCCUCACAGUUGGCCCGUCGCCCUACGCCGGCGAUAACCGGGUGGCUGUGAAAUUUCAAUACCCGAAUAAUUGGAGGCUUAGCAUUAACCCAGUCAAGUGGUCCGACGCGGGCCUUUAUAUGUGCCAAAUAUCUACACACCCGCCGAGGAUCAUAUAUGCUAAUUUCAGCGUGCUUCCUCCCGUAUUAACAAUAAAUGGCGAUAUAACACACGACGUAAAAGAUAGGUUCUAUAAAGCCGGCAGUUCCAUAAAGCUUUCCUGCGUAAUAUCAGAGGAAUACGUUUCAUCACUACCCAGUAAACCUACAGCGACUACUAAAAUGCCAACAACAACAACACCUUUAACGACUACAACGGAAUUGACUACAAAAAUGAGCACAAUAUUCAAUAGAAUAGAUUUAAUGUUGAACAAAAGUUGGAGUGUGGAGACUACAACGAUUACGUCAACAGUUAGUAUAAGUACAACAGCUAAGAGUACAGAGUGGACAACGACAACUGAAGCAACUACUCUAAAGCCGGUCACUAGAGCUGCGGUGAACAAUGUUUACGGAAUUUCUUGGAAAAAACAAGGAAAGGAUUUUGUUGACUCAGUCACGUGGCGUAACGUGAGCGCCACAAUCAGCGUAACAUCGGCGUCGCAAAAUGACUCCGGGACUUACACUUGUAAUUUGUUAAAUCAUUCGCAAGUGACUGUCAACGUGCAUGUUUUGAUUGGUGAAAACCAAGCAGCGGUUCAUCAUGACACGUGGAACAAGGGAUCUAUCUUCUGGAAACCCCAUAGUUUAUGUUUACUAAUCAUUGUAGCGAUAUUAUUAAUUUUAACAUAAACAUUUACAUAACAAUAAAAUGUAUAAUUAAUUUUUAUUACACAACGUUGUACCUGAUGAGCAUUUCAUUCCAAAUACAUAUUAAUUAGUUACUGGUAUACAUGCUAAAAUAAAUUACUUUAACAGUAUAUUAUACCGAAUCAGCAAACUGCUGACAUAGUUUAGCUUUGCAACAAAGGUUUUACGUCUAAAUACAAGUGAAAAAGCUUUGUCGAAGACAUAAUACCAUUACAAUGAAAGUUUAAGUCCUUUAGAAAAGAAAAAAGAAAUGCCUAUGAAAAUUUUCUUCAGUGCAUAAGAGUGUUCAAUCACUUUCCAUUUGUGGUUCAAGAAAUUCAUCCUCUUAUGUAACUACUCGUAAUAAAUGCGAAAGAUUUUUAGAAUGACUGUAUGGAUAUUUUUUACUAUUCCACACGCAAAAAUUUUUGGGCGGUUUUUGGGGAUCCAAUCCAAUUUUUCGGGGAUAUAAUAUAUAAUUUAUAACAGAUUUUCUGUGGGAUAGUGAAACAUCUCAAAUUCGCUCAGAUGAAUUCACGGACAUCAGCUAGUUAAAAAUGUAUAAAUGGAAAAACGUCUGAGUCCAAUUUUUCGGGGAUAUAAUUUGUAAAUACUCGCGGAAUAUCGCAUAAAAUAACAGCGUUUCUGUGGGAUAGUGAAACAUCUCAAAUUCGCUCAGACGAAUUCACGGACAUCAGCUAGUUAAAAA